GCAAUUUUUUUCUUCAAAAUUAGGCGGUGCCUCUCUUCUGCAAAUCCUUCCCGCCUCUCUCUCUCUCUCUCUCUCUCUCUCAUCAAAACCAAAAUUCCCAUCGUUGUGAAGUCUGGUCCCGCUUCGCUGCAAUUGGCUUCGACAUGCAAAGCUAAUCUGCUAUGAAAACUACUAAACAGCGGAAGGGGAAGGCAGUUGACAAUCCUAAAAGGCAGAAUACAGUUGUAGGUUCCGUUGGAGUGAAGAAGUCUACGAACAAAAUAGGUGGACGGCAACAGAGAACAACAGUGGGAUGUCAAUCCACUUUAGUCAAAGAUGACCCAGGCGUUUUGCAUUGUAGUGCUGCUCAAGUGGUGGGUCAGCAGCUUCCAAGGAGUUAUACAUUGGCCCAACAAACAACAAAAGAAAUAUCUAAACUUGAGCCUAAAACGGGACUUUAUUCUUCUGAAAAGAUCAAGUUGCAGCUUUUCCCGAUAGAUGAAGCCACUCGAAUAGAAUUGGAGAAAGAUGGUCACAUUCCAUUUCUGGAACUCACUCUAAGUGUUCGCAAGAAGAUAUCAUCUGUGCUUAAGCACCUGAAUAGCAAAUGGGGAAGUUCAAGUGUCGCUAUGGGGGAUCCCAUGCUUUUUCCAUACAAUAUUCAAUUGGAGAAAUUAAGUACAUACAAACAAUGGACAUUGAAUGACAUUGGCAUUAGUGCAGGCGAUGUAUAUGCAGCUGUAGAAUGUCCCUCCGUUUUUCGCUUAAGGUAUGGGUGGUUCUCCGAGCUUCGCCCCAAAACAGUUGCAGUACCUUCUAGAUCUACUCACUUGGGGGAUGGCUUUGAAACUGAAGAGAAAGGUUGCAGUACAAUUUCAGAGCUUGCAGAUAUCAGAAAGGAAGAAGUUUUAGAUUUCAAGCCAACCAAUCUAAGUAAACCAGCAGAUGCAGCUGUUACUAUGAAUAUGCAUUCAGAUGUCCCAGUUGACUACAUGGAUGAUGAGGUGAACUCUGGCAAUAGCGUUGCACCAUCAUUAGUUCCAUGGGAUGAUAGUUUGACGAACUUAAGCAUUGGAGGCUUGCUGUCUGACACAUCCUUGCUGGGCAAGAUUGGUAAUUGCGAUCCAAAAUCUGAAGGCAGCAAAUUACACAUGCAGCCAAUUCAAUUGAUCUCCUCAGAUAUAAGUAUUGGUGGCCUUUUGUCUGAAGCAUCUAUGCAGGGCAAGUUCAAUGAUCAUCAAUCAAAAUCAAAUGGGAGCAAGCUAGGCAUGGAGCCCAUUUUGGAUAAGGACCUUGUACAAUCAGCGGUGCCUUGGGAUGAUAGUUUGACUAACUUAAGCAUUGGAGGCCUGUUUUCUGGAGCUUCCUUGCUGGGAAAAAUGGAUAGUUGUAAUCUAAAAUCUAAUGGAGGCAAGUUAGGGUUUCACCCGACUCCAUUGAUAUCUGAUUCCUUGGAUGCUUUUAUUGCUGGUGAAAUAAAUUCACAGCCUCAGGACCCCAAGCCACCAUCUUAUGCCUCAUGCUCAUCUAUCUUGGAUGCCGAAGAGACAUGCCAUGCAUUUCCUUUCAGAAAACUGUCUUCCUCGGGCAACAAUGCUGUGCGUGUGAUUGGAAGUGCAAUUUCGAGGGACCACAUCCAUGAUGGUAGUUCAAAAUCUUUCGAAUUUUCGAAGCUUUCAGAGCUCAAUGCCCAACGUGAGCUUGCCCAUGUUCCUCCUCCUCGUCAAGAAUCCAAGACAGUUCCGCUUACUCAUUUAGGAGUGAAUAAUGACGAAAGCAGCCUUGGACUGGCCGGCAUCAAUUGGACUGAAUCGUUGGGACCAUUUGAAUUCAGCUUACCUAGCUCACGGCAUAUUACAAGUGCGGACAAUGUUGGCAUCAGCAAAUUGUUUAGGUAGCUCAUGUGUUUGAAUGCUCAUCUAGUUGCAGAUCAAAAAGGGUCCUAUUGAGGACAAGAAAACAUAGGAAACUGGAGAACCAGCAAAUGACAUAGCUCAAGGUAAAUGCAAAUUGAGAAUGCGCAAAGGACAGUUUUGUGGAGCAUUUUGAUUCAGAACUGCAUUUGGCAGGGAGGAAGUUUUGUAGGUCAUAUAUGGAAACAACUCCAAGGUAGGUAAGCAUGUGGUAGCCAUGAAUUUUGAUGGCCUAUUUUGGCUUUGGACAAUGUUGGAUUACUGGUGAAUACAAGUCAUUCUUUCGUGA